UUACUUGACCAUUUUGACAGUUCACAGGCUUUGCUUUGUUUAAAAGGUUUAUUAUUGAACAGUUUCGGCCUAAAUCUAACAAAAUGGACCUGUAUUUAAACAAGUGAUUGCAUUAUUCGUACGGAUAAAAUCAAACAAAUUUCGAGUUAAAAAUUAUUUCGUAAUUGUCGGGCCAACGGAACAACUGCAGCUGAAUCAUCAAUGCCUAUUGUGUACCGAGUAACACAACAAUACGUUCCGCUCGGCUAAUUACACACAUUACACAAUUAUUAUGAGUGAAAUGUCGGCAACGGAGGUGGAAGACUUUCUGAACGGGGCUCUACUGUCUUGGUUAGAAUCAUGUCUACCCCGACCGGAACUAUUAACCGGCUACCAAUCACUCCUGGACGGCACCAUAUUGCAUUCCGUUUGGCUGCAAAUCGAUCCCGAACCGCAAAACCAUCCAAUCAAACUGGAAGGUAUUGACGAUCUACAAUUGGCCAAUGCCAGAGCGCGAAAUUUCGACAUAAUCGUGAAGAAUCUGAAAACACUCUACGAAGACGAACUGAAUCAAACGGUUCUGGUGUUGCCGGAUUGUUCAAUUCUGGGACAUAAGCCGGAGUCUCGAGCUGGUUUGGAGCAGAUGAAACUGUUGAUAACAUUGUUACUUGGUGCAGCUGUUCAAUGUCCCAACAAACAGUUGUUCAUUGUUCGAAUAAAGGAAUUGAAUGUUAGCACCCAGCAUGCCAUUGUUGAAUUAAUUAAACAAGUUACCGAUAACCAAACUCUGGUGUUAACUAACGAUUCACUGGAACAAUUGACUCCCCCACAAAUGUACCAGCAUAUAUUGCGAAUAGCCAAGGAACGUGACAGAUAUCAUUCGUAUUGGAUUACCAGUCUGAUGAACGAGACCGAGUCGAGGAGUGGUAAUGCUACGUCGAAUUCAACACCAACGAACGAAAACAAUCAUUUCGCUGUGGAGCUGGCGAAUUUGAAAUCGAAAUUACGGAAAUUUCGUCAGGAGUUGGAAGAGAAGUCAGAAGCGUACAUAGAAGUCAAAGAAGAACUGGACCACAAAAUCAGCCAAUACGAAAAAUUGCGAACCGACAGCCAAGAAUGGUAUACCGAAUCUCGUCGAGCUGCGGCUUACCGCGACGAGGUAGAUGUUUUACGCGAACGGGCCGAUAGAGCCGACCGAUUGGAAAUCGAAGUGCAACGAUUCCGGGAGAAACUUAGUGACGCUGAGUUCUUUAAAACAAGAGUCGAAGAGCUGAGAGAAGACAAUCGAAUGCUGCUGGAAACGAAAGAAAUGCUGGAAGAACAAUUGCAACGGUCGCGAAAACGCAGCGAACAUGUGAUGAAUUUGGAAUCGGAAAUCAUGAAAUACAAACAGAAACUGAACGACAUGGCAUCGGAACGGGAUGCGGACAAAACGCGUCUGCAAGAAUUGGUUGACGAAAAUACUCAACUGCAAUUUGCCACCAAAGAUCUCUGCUCGUCGACCGUUGUCUAUCACUCCGAAGACGAAUGCACAUCGGGCGACAACAGUUUAUCGGAACAAUUGACGAACAACGCUCAAACCCGUGCCUUAAAACUGGAAUUGGAAAAUCGACGAUUGCAGCAAUCGCUGGACACGUUGAAAGAGUCAUCGUUCCACGAGUACGCCAACAAGCAUCUGGAAUUGGAGAAGGAGAAGAAACGACUGUCGUUGAAAGUGGAACAGUUACAGGAAAACUGUAACCGGUUGGUGGGACAGAAUAAAGAAUUGGAGAAUGUGUUCCGUGAUGCUUUGGAAGAAAACAAGAAGCUACAAGACGCUAUGGACAACCGGCAACAAGCCAACGAUCGCCAGUUACAGGAACGUGAAAUCGAUCGCAUGAAACUAAUCGAUUUGGAGAAGCAUGCGGAAACAUUGACCAAGGAGAAGCAACGCAUCCAGAAUUUGUAUGAAAGUGUACAACGGCGGGCUGCGGAUCUGGAACGAGUCGCCGACAAGAAUAAGAAGGAAAUCGAGGAGCUGCAAACGAAAACGGUUGAAUUGAACAGCAUCAAAACGGAGGUACUCGAAUUGCGAGACAAAAACGUUGCAAUGGAAAGGGAAACAGCUGUGCUAGGUAAAGAAGUGACAAAAUUGCGAGAGAAUGUGGAGAAGAAGGAUGUCAUCAUCGAUACGAAAUCCAGUGAGCUUGAGGCGAAAGAGAAACUGGUCCAAAAUCUCCACGAGCAAAUGGAAUGUUCGUCAGUGAGUCUGGAACGGCUGCAGGAAUUGGAGACGAAAAACACCGAACUUCUCAGCCAAAUUGCCAUGGAUACCGAAACGAUAUCGACACUUCAACGGGACCUGGUGACAGGAACGAUUGCAACGAAAAAGGUGCGAAAAGAGCUGGAAAAAUUGGGCAUCGAAAACGAUGAAUUGGAAACGAUUCAGGUGAAUGUGGAAGAUGUAGUCCAAAAUUGGAUCAAGAAUCCGGAAACGUUCAAAACCGUCAGGGAGAUAAUGUUGGAUGCUGGCAAGGAGAUGGAAACAUGCGUUCUCUGUCACAAAGAAGAACUGUUCCGAGUGCAAAAAAACAUCGAAAUUUCCGGUGAUAGCAUUGAACCAAUGACGGUCAGCGGGUCGAUGCAAUGGAAAGAGAAGAAUGACCAAUUGACUGUCAUCAAUGUGGAUAUUCUUUCGGCAAAUGAAACUCUGCAAGCGGAAAAUGCACGACAAAAGGUUGACAUUUCCACACUCGGAUCGCAGAUAACCUCGCUACACACGCAACAAGUUGCACUUCAAUUGGCCAACUCACAGCUUGCCUCAGAGAAAGAUGUCCUAAUCAAAGAAGUGGGUCACUUUAAGCAACAACUUACCUCCACAUCGAACGACCUGAUCACACUACAAUGCCUGCACGAACAAUUGAACUCGGAAUACGAGGCCUUAAACAAGGAAAAAGAGUUAAUCAAGACCAGCCUACGGGACGCUAGAACCGACAUUAGGGACUUGCGUGAACGCGAAGUUGCCUAUAUUGCUCAGGUAGAAGAGCUACAAAAUCAAAUAGCGAAAAUUCGCAAGGACAACGAGAAUUUCGUUAAUCUGCGAGUGGAACAUUCCAAAUUGAAAGACGAUUUCCGUAAUGUUCUGUCGGCCAACGAACGCCUGAAAACCGAAUACAAAAAUGUCCAGGAACAAUACAAAAUCGUUCGCAGCGAGAAUGGUCGACUGAAGCUUCAAAGCACGGAGAUCAGCGGCGAAUUGAUGGCCAGCAACGAGCAAAUUAAGACAUACGAAAUCGAGUAUGCCAACUGCUCGAAUCGAUGCGAAAUGUUGAUGCAGAUAAACAGUACGUUGGAUGUGGAUCGGCGCAAAUUGAUGGACCAUGUGUCGCAGAUAUUGACACAAUAUCAGGAGUUGUUGACACAUUCACUGGAUGAUAAGCAGCAUUUCCACGACGAAGAGAAACAAUUCACCGACAAGGUGAACCAUUUGCAUCGUCAAAAGGAAAAGUUGGAGGAGAAAAUCAUGGAACAUUACAAGAAGCUGGAAAGCUGCUCGCCCAAAAAGAAGCCAUUCGGUGCUAAUUUCUAUAAAAAAGUCAAGAAGGCGAGUUCCGAUUUAAUCAGCAAGGUCCCGAGUCGGAGUCGUCGCUUGUUGAACGAAACGGACGAUUUUCAAGUGAACCAUUCAGAAUCUGGUGGUAAUGACUCUGACAACAGUGCUGAAGAACCGCUGUCCGUUGCCUCGGACACAAACCUUUUACAGCGCAACAAUGUGAUACGACGAAGCUUACAACGAAAGCCGAACAUAGAGCCAACCAUUUUACCUCGCGGCGGUAUCCGAAGUAGUUUCCAAUCGAUCAAACGAGAAAGCACACCUAAUCGCAUCACUCAUCGGAACAGUAUUCAUGGAUUAGAGCCACCUGACGUGACCGGUAGCAGUUUGACAUUAGGCACGGCUGGUAGCCGAAAAACCGUUUAUUUGAUCGACGAAAAAUUGAGCGCAUCACAAUCGAACAUCGUCACCGAUCCCAAUCCGACAACAUCUCACAACGAAACCAAUUCCCCGACCGGUGACGCCACCCCUCCUCCGUCCACAUUUUUAAUGUACAAUAAAAUCUCAAACGUAUAUGGCACUGCAAUGGAUGGCGGAGCAACUGGCAGUGGAUAUACAUCGGGUACGAAUAGCGUAGAUAAAAGCGGCGGCAGCAAGGACAAAAAGAAGACCAACGAGGACAAAAGCAAGGACUCGGCCAUCUGGUAUGAGUAUGGUUGUGUUUAAUGCGGAUUCGUCGGGAUCUUCGUUCUCUGACGCCUAUCUCUUUUAUAUGAAUCUCUUUCUCAGUAUUUAUUUAAAAGAUCUAUUGUUUUGUAAACGGCUUCUUGGACAGACGCGCACAGAUAUGAUUACUAACGCAAAUAAACAGUAUUCGCUUAUUACGAAGAAACCAUUGA